AUGUCUCAGGUUCAGCGUAAGUACAUUGAUAUGAACACAUUAAUGACACGUAUCCGUCAGAGAAUUAUGGAGAGAGGUGCUCAGGGUAUCAGAGGAAUCGCAAGACUGUUUUUGAUUGCUGAUGAUAACAAGGAUAAGAAAGUUGAUUGCAAAAACGAGCUCCCUAAAGUUAUGAAUGAUUGUGGAAUCAUUCUUAACAAGACUGAACUUACAGAGUUAGCCAGAUUAUUGGAUAAGAAUGGUGAUGGAAUGGUAUCAUACGAUGAGUUUCUAUUUCAAAUGGCACCACCAAUGAAUGAAAGUAGAAUUGCAAUAGUCAAUCAGGCAUUUGAUAAGCUCGAUAAAGAUGGCUCAGGCAAAGUUACAAUUGCAGAUCUCGAAAUGGCCCAUAAUCCAGACAACUCCGAAUUAGUAAGAUUAGGAAAGACAACUGCAAAAGCUGUUUUCGAAAAUUUAGUCGCAUCAUACAGUCAUGAUGAUGAUAAGACAAUUACACGUGAAGAAUUUAUUGACUACUAUCGUGAAAUAUCUCCAUCAUUCGACCUUGAUGAAGCAUUCAUCGAGAUGAUGAAGAAUGCCUGGAAAUUGUAA